AUAUCAGACACAAUCACACUGAAACUACGAUCAAGAAUGGGCUUCACGUACUAUAGCGCAGUCAUUAUUUUGUUUUUAAGUCUUCUGGGCUUUGAUCCCGUUCAAAGUGGGUACCUUAUAACUACUCCACGAGUCUACCGGACAGGAACCGUACAAAGGCUGAAUGUCCACCUCUWUGCAAACGGCAACCAGACKUGGWCCAUUUCCGCUUCACURAAAAACACACGCAAUAMAGAUGUCAUUGCGCACGCCUCGAAGGUGUUUGCUGGGGACACGCAUGGGACCAUCGACAUCAAGGUCCCUGAAAACGUUCCAAAUGUCCGAUAUGGUAAGUUUGACAAUGUAUUUGUCGAGGUGAUUGGUUUUUCUACUGGUCAACCAAGCUUUACAAAAAAACAGUCYUUGACGCUUGAAAAACUCGAAGAUACUCUGUUUAUCCAGACGGACAAACCAAUCUACAAACCUGGACAGACUAUUCAUUUGAGAGUAAUUGGAAUCAAGUCAGAUUUAAAACCUCUUGUUGGAAAGAUCAAAGAGCUAUACAUCACAAAUCCUACGGGAGUACGAAUGAUGCAGUGGAACAACUUGGACUUUAUUAACGGAAUUGCAAGCGUUGAGAUGCCUUUAUCUAAGUAUCCAGUGCUUGGAAAGUGGAAAAUACAAACAAAGUAUAAGGGAAAAGGAAUUCACAAAAUCAUCGAAAUUUCCAAAUACGUCCUUCCAAAGUUUCAAGUGACCAUUAAUCCUCCUUCAUACAUAGCCAAAGACCGUAAGGUUGUAACUGGUACUAUCUGUGCAAAGUAUACUUAUGGUCAGCCUGUGACGGGUAUUUUAGAUGCAAAAUUCGUUUUCAAAMAGAUAACUCAUCGAAGGUUUCGAUAUUGGUAUCAACGACGUAAUAAAGGCGUAGUCAUCAAUCAUUCUGUAAAAAUAAAGAUCAAGGGCUGUGAUACCUUUACUUUCACCAACAAAGAUUUCGAUUUGAAAAAUGUCCACUUCAACCAUCGUCACAAAAAGCCAUUUCUUACCAUCACUGCAAGCGUUACAGAGGAAGCAACAGGCAUAACUCGAUCUGCUGAAAAAACCSAGACAACAGUAGUCGAAACAAAGGUCAAUCUUAAGUUUAUACAAACACCAGAUCAUUUUAAGCCUGGACUUCCAUUCUUUGGAAAGGUAAGUGUGACGUCACCUGACGGAGAACCGCUGGCCAAGAAAACYGUUACSAUCACUGCMAAGGAUGGUUACAAACAGKUCUUUAYCAAGACGUUCGYUACAUCACAAACAGGGAUAAUAGACUUUGAAACAGCACAUAUACCUCUUAGUUGUAUUAAACUAAAUCUUGAGGCUGAACAUUAUGGUAGUGCCCGCGUUUCGACGAAAAAGGAAUGCAAUCCAUGGUUCUCCCCCAGCUCAAGCUUCCUGUUGCUGAGGAAAUUGAGAAAACCACUYAAGGUUGGAGAUCAAGCGACGGUUAAUUUCCAGUAUACUGUAAAUGGAAACAAGAAUGUUCGUAGCUUCGUCUAUAAUCUGAUGUGCAAGGGAAGUGUUGUUUUAACAGCACAAACAAACCGUACAACUCCCCAGCAGCCACUCCAGCAAUCCUCCGCAGCCAAGGAAUCAUUUGACUUCACAGUGACUCAAGCGAUGGUUCCUGCUUGCCGUUUACUGGUGUAUUUUAUCAGGAAAGACGGUGAGGUGGUUGGAGACAGCAUGAUGGUCGACAUACAAGAUAAACUGGAAAAUCAGGUUGUUGUUCGAUUCAGUGAUACCGUCCGUAGACCAGGUGAACGUGUUCAAAUCACGAUGACCGCCAGUCCUGGUUCGACUAUAGCGCUGGCUGGUGUUGACAAAAGCGUCCGACUAUUAAAGCAAGCCGAGGAUCUCACACCACAAAAGAUCGUCAGUGCUUUACCGUACAAUGCGGGCCGAUCAAGUCGAUACAACACGAGGUCUUGUUAUAAAGAUAUCUAUGUGGAUGCAUCAAAAGCCAUCUAUGACGCUGGAUUAAUCUUUCUCUCAGAUUCAAACAUCGAAUCGCGUCCUUGUCGUCCCUUUCCUACUCGGCGUCCUAUAUCUCUAUAUUAUAACCUCGAGCACUAUGGUUUAUGGUUUGGUGGUGGAUUUGCCGGAAUUGGCUUGGAUGGACCGUUCACACAACGUAGACAAAACCAAAACCGAAAUCGUCUGAAGAAGAUCAAAAAGAAAAUUCCAAAGACCAAGAAAGCAAAGAAGAAUACGCAGCAACCGACAAMGUCUGUACGAAAACAUUUCCCUGAGACAUGGYUUUGGGUAGAGGAAAGAUUAAACAAUUCUACGGGACUGAAGACGAUCAGCGCCACCGUUCCAGACACCAUUACAAGUUGGUAUUUAAGUGCGUUUGCGAUGUCGUCAAUGACUGGAAUGGGCGUKGCAGACCCCUCYACACUCACCGCUUUUCAACCAUUCUUUAUUUCAUUCACUCUUCCAUAUUCUGUGAUUCGUGGAGAACAAGUCAGUGUUGUAACCACUGUCUUUAAUUACAUGUCUGAAUGCGCCACGGUUGGCGUACGCUUAAAAAAGACAUCCGACUUUCAACUCAGUUCUCCUGUGGACCACAAUAUUUGCAUCUGCAGCAACGAGGCAAAGUCCAUAAAAUACGUCAUCACACCCCUUAACCUUGGGCACAUUCCUCUCGAGGUCACGGUCAGGACUGUGGGGCCAAGCCUGUGUGGUAACAACUCCAAGGAGGCGCCUCUCGGCAUGUCUGAUACUGUAAUUCGUAAACUACUUGUUGAGGCAGAAGGAGUUCGACGUGAAUAUACCUAUAGCAGUCUUGUAUGUCCUAAAGAUACUGCAGGGCGGUUCAAUGACAAAUUGAUACUUUCUCUCCCAAAGAAAGUUGUGCAGGGUUCAGUACAUGCCUCGGUGUCAGCUAUAGGAGACAUCAUGGGUCCUAGUCUGACUGGUCUUGAYGGGUUGCUAAGGUUACCAACUGGGUGUGGUGAACAGAAUAUGGUUAAGUUCGCACCCAAUAUUUUCAUUAUGCAGUAUCUGAAAAGCACCAAUCAGCUWAGUGGAGAAGUAGAAAAAAAGGCAGUGGGCUUCCUAAGAACAGGGUAUCAACGAGAGUUGACUUAUAAACGAAAAGAUGGUUCAUACAGCGCGUUUGGCGACAGAGACCAAGAAGGAAGUUUAUGAGUAGUGUUAUAGUGAAAGCACUCCAGUGCAUAAUUUCCAGGAAAGAUACCGUGACGGAUCCGUAUGGUAACGCAAUCGUCGCUUAUGCUCUGACGCUCGCAAAGCAUCCAAGUCGUCAAGAGUUUCUGAAAAGACUCAAGUCCCAAGCAAUAAUCAAAGACGGUAUGAUGCACUGGGAAGAGAAGCCUAAACCAAAACCAGUUUUUCCAGUAUUUUUCUUUUGGAGACCGCCAUACGUACGUGCUUCGUCGACUAAUAUCGAAAUGACGUCAUACGCGYUGAUGGCUAUGAUUGGUGACGGCACUGACUCGAAUGCGAUAGCCGACGCUAGGCCUGUGGUAAGAUGGAUAUCGAAACAGAGGAAUGCACUUGGAGGAUUUGCAUCCACUCAGGAUACGUGUGUAGCUUUACAAGCCCUUGCUACAUACGCGAGUUACGUUUAUCAGACAGGAACACAACUGAGAAUUGAUGUCGGAUACAUUAAUGGAAAWUUUCGACAUUCUUUCCGUGUCACCGACAGCAACCGCCUUGUUUUACAACGAGCUGUGAUUCCAAAGCAAAUUCUUCCAAUGCAAGACAUCCCAGUUGAUGCCGUCGGACAGGGUUGUGCACUAGUUCAGGCUGAUGUCUUGUAUAAUAUCCCGGAUGUGGAAGAGCAGCCAUCAUUCAAUCUAUCGGUCAGCGUUCACUCUCGUCAAGGAAAUGUCAGUACCGAGACUACAGAGGCAGGCGAGGAGCUUUGYCAACCACUUGAGGCGAACAUUUGUGCKAGGUGGCUAGACCAAGGUGAAUCAGGAAUGGUUGUCGUAGAGAUGAAACUGGUAUCUGGAUUUACUGCUGAUGAGGAGUCUCUGGAAAAGCUGAUGAAUUUUCGCCAUCUUGACAUGAAAAGAUUUGAUCUGGAKGAAACCAAAGUUAUUUUCUAUUUUCAUAAGAUAAAAGAUACUUGCUUUAAAUUUACAAUUCAACAAACCAACGUAGUAAAGAAAACAAAGCCCGCUUCUGCCACGGUGUACGACUACUACGACACAGAUAAGUCAGCAACCACUAUGUACAGAAUAAAAGAUGACAUAUGCAAAACAGGAAAUGCCGAUCCAUGAAGGAAAUCUGCCAUCGUCUUUCGACAUUGUACUUGAUACGUAUUAUAACGAAAGUAUAACUAAAGCUGCACUUUGAACUACUUAAUUUAAAAAGAACCUCACUGAUUAUACGACAAUCUAUUGUAUUCUGGUUAGGUUUCUUUGUAUAUCGUGAUAAGUUGUAUAGUUUUUGCUUCAUAGUUUUAAGUUUUUUGUUUCUAUUCAAAUCCUUAAAAUUGCAUGACAAUAAAUAAACACUAGAUAGCAAAGGA